UAGAUGGAUUAUGUGCGAAAUUUCGUGUCUGCAUAUCAACAAAAAAUGAUUCCCUACUUUGGUUUUUCAUUCCUUGCUGAGAUUAGUCACGAAUAUUUGUACAGGGUGACUGCAGCCGAUGACCAAUUUGAAGACUUCUUUAAAUUUUUAAAUGAUGGAAAUUUCUUGAACGAUACUGUGUUGAUAGUGAUGUCCGACCAUGGCCACAGAUUUGACGCCAUCAGGACAACUCAGGUAGGAGCAAUCGAAGAACGAAUGCCAUUUUUUGCCAUCCAUAUUCCAAAAAGUAUAUCUUCGCUUCAACCAGAAAUUAUGGACAAUUUGGCAAUCAACAAAGGUCGACUUGUGACUCCAUUUGAUACACAUGCUACUCUAUCCGACAUUCUAAAUCGAGUAGUCACUGGUCAACCACUGGGACAAUCUUCUCCUCCCGAAGAAUGCUUAGGCCAAUCUUUGUUUGCACCUGUUCCAGCUGACCGUAACUGUUCAAGUGCUUCAAUACCGGACCAUUACUGUGUAUGCGAGACGGAAUCUGCCAUGGUAGUAUCAGACGCUCGCGCUGUAGCUGCAGCGAAAGCUACCAUAAACCGUAUCAAUGAGAUGUUAUUUAAUGGUGAGAUGGGCGAAAAUGAAGGACAGUGUGUACGAUUAACACUCGGAGCCAUUCGAAGCGCACAUAUGGUACACAAAGCUGAGGAAAACGACCUCAGACCCUCUUUAGCCAAAGUCAGAGUAGUGAUUGAAGCUGAACCUAGUAAAGGAAUUUUUGAAGCCACUGUGUUGGUUGGUAACGGAGCUGUCGAAGUACUGGGAGAUGUCAGCAGGCUAAACGUCUACGGUCAACAGUCCAGCUGCAUCAAGCACAUAAUUCUACGGAAGUACUGCUUCUGCUCCAAAUACUUGUAUAAUUCAAAAACUGACACUAGCGAAGAGAAAUUAUGAUAAAAAAUUUAAAUUAAGUUGAAAAAUUAAUUCUGUGCAUAUAUUUCCAGGGCAGCUAGAUAUUUAUUUACUGUCAAACCUGUUCUAAUCGGAUAUUUGCAAAAACUGUAAUAAAAUUUAAUAAUUACAGAAAUGUUUUGUGAAUAUGUAUUUCGGUAUUAAUAAGAAGCUUUAACAAAUUCGGUGAGAAAUAUUUUCCAACUCGAAGGUUAUUUCAAGAAAAGUUUACCAGUUAUACUAUGUUAAUUCACAUUAGUUCUGUAAGGUGUAUUAUAUUCUUUUAUAUUACAAUGCACAUUAAUUCUAUAA